AUGGGCCUUGGAAUUGACACGAGCCCACGGCACAGGCAAGAGGAACAUUUCCAGAACAACUCACCAGGAGUGAAACAGCAGCCGAAGAAGGGAGCACCUGUUCUCUCAUCGUUUGAUUGGUGGGGCAUUUGUGCUUCCACAAUCGCACGAGCACGCCUUCUUCACCCAUCCAACAAGCCGUCUGCCGACACGCUCGCUCGUAGCGUGGUAUUCUCCGGCAGGUCGAGGACGAGCAGUGGGGAUCCUUCCCCUGUCGCACCUUGCUCUCUCCCUUUCUUGCCCAGCGUGUCAGGCAUGUCCAAAUAUGAAGGAGACAACUACUGCACACUACAGGCCACCACAGAUACCGGAGAGGAACAAGCGUCAUCACGCCUCGGCGAUGCGGUUUCAGAGGUUGGAAACACCGAUCAGGAGAGGCAAGAAGAAGACGAGGCCACUCCCGGCAUCGAUGACACCGACGUGAAAAAAGAGCCGGAGGAGCUGGAACAAGAAGAGGAGGCAAGGCCACGCAAGCGCGAGUUCGGGGGUAUGGCCAAGGCUCUCUGCCGGUACAGCGCCUGGACAGCUAGCAGCCGGCAACCCAACCACGCUGAAAGCGAUUCAUCCAAGCGCCAAAGGAAGGGCUCCGCGCCAGGCACAAAGGCGCAAUGCGGCAGUGGUGGGGCAGCGGCUGCACACAAGACGGCGACGAAAUUGUCAACACCUGUGAUCGCCAGACACCGUGGACGGGGACAACCAAGCUGCGAGGAGAUCGGCUGCUCAAUGCGGCCAUCGUACGGCAAAGACAACAGCAAGAAGGCGGAAUUCUGCUCUCAGCAUGCGAAGCAGGGUAUGGUUAAUGUCGUUCACAAGAGGUGCGGUCAUACAGCGUGCUCCACCAGGCCGUCGUAUGGUGACGCCGGCAGCAAGAAGGCAGAGUUUUGCUCUCAACAUGCGAAGCAGGGUAUGGUUAACGUUCGCAACAAGAGGUGCGGUCAUACAGCGUGCUCCACCAGGCCGUCGUAUGGUGACGCCGGCAGCAAGAAGGCAGAGUUUUGCUCUCAACAUGCGAAGCAGGGUAUGGUUAACGUUCACAACAAGAGGUGCGGUCAUCCAGCGUGCUUCGCUAGGCCGUCGUAUGGUACAGCCGGCAGCAAGGCGGAGUAUUGUUCUCGGCACGCGAAGCAGGGCAUGGUCAAUGUCGAUCACAAGAGGUGCGGCCAUCCAGGUUGCAUGAAGCAGGCAUCAUAUGGUACACCCGGCAGCAAGAAGAGGGAGUUCUGCUCCCGGCACGCGAAGCAGGGCAUGCAUUGUGUCAGCAACAAGACGUGCGGUCAUCCAGGUUGCAUGAAGCAGGCGUCGUAUGGUGAUACCGUCGGCAGGAAGGCGGAGUUCUGCUCCCAGCACGCGAAGCAGGGCAUGCUUAGUGUCGUUCACAAGAGGUGCGGCCAUCCAGGUUGCAUGAAGCAGCCGUCAUAUGGUGACGCCGGCAACCGGAAGGCGGAGUUCUGCUCUCCACACGCGAAGGAGGGCAUGAUUGACGUAAGAAAUGGAAUACGCCAGAGGUCACGGCUUACGGUAUAACUCAGAGUGCGCUGUUACGCCGGUGUCCCAAACGUUGAGUGAUGCGGGAUGCACGAUUAGUAGACUGCGCAAGCGUUCGACCCAGUCUUAUUUAGUUGGCGUUGUGCUUAUUCAUGUCCAUGGUCACGGUCUGGAUGGUCGUGCAGGAGAUGCACCUAGGCAUACGUCCGCGUUUUUCUCCUUCGCGAACCUGUAGACAAGAUGCAGGCGCGCGAGGGCGGCACAAGGUGCACCACUUGAAACAGCCAAGCGCUUGGAGGCGAAGUAGACGCCAUAUGUCGUGUCACUGCCUGUGGAGAAGUACCGAGGUUUGAGCGCUUGGUGUCAUGAUCAGUGU